UGUAGCUUUUUGUUUUGCUCAAUGAGAUCCUUAUUUGAUUUCAUUGUGUUGUCAAGUAAAGUAGCAUGAUCAUCACUGAUAGAAGUCAUUUUGGUUUGUACAACAGAAGGACACUAAAAAAUUCGUUUGUCUGAUUUGACCGCCAACGAGAAAUGAAUUUGGCGCGCAAAUGUUUUGUUUACUAACGGCUAUGACGAUUAUUUAAUGGGGGGUAGGGUAGGUUAAUAUCCUUAUCAACAAAACAUGUAAUUGUAUUUAUUUUUUGCUAAUAUUUGAGAUGCAUAUACAAAUAGAAUAAAAUAUAGAAAUAUAAAAAAAUACAUAAAACGUAUUUGUUUAGAAAAACACUUUCCAAAGUCGUUGUAACCAGUCUUUCACCUAACCCUCCCUACUGCCAACCUGGAUUUUUGUUGGUUUCUCUGAGGAGUCCUGAGUACUACUGAUAUCAAAAUGGCCGACGCCGAUGUUCAAGCCGUUGGGUCCGCUGUUGAUACUAAUAUGAUCAGUAAAAUCAAAGUGUCAACUGCUAAGAACAAACGAAAGUCCCGGGACAACACAUUAGAAGWGUUGAGAAGGAAAAGAAUUGCAAGGAAAAAGAAGAAAAAGGCCGAACUACAGAAAAUGACGAAGAAAGAAAGAGCUUCAUUCUUGAAGAAGAAAAUUACUGAACCUCUUCAACACAAAGUAGAAGAAAACGAAUUGAAAUACCAAUCGGAAAAAAAAGUAGCUGCCUUUUACUGGAACAAAUGGAAGGAAGACAAAAGACAACAUCUAGAUGAUUUAAAUAGUGUGAGCAAAAGCAGAUUCGUUGAUAGAAGUAACAUUAAGGAUGUAAUGGAUGAAAAACAAAGUGUAAUAGGAGAAGGUGUAUUUGGAAAAGUUUCAAAAAAGAUUUACAGAGGCAUUGAAGUUGCAGCAAAAUAUUUUAAAUCAGGAUCYGUUACAUGUGUAAAAAGAGAGGCAGCAAUAAUCAACAACUUUGAUCAUCCAGUUUUACCUCUUGUAUUUGGAUUAUGCAUUGAAAAACUGCCUUAUAUUCUUGUUAUGCAAUUCUAUGGAAUUAGAGGAAGUUGCAUCACAUUGAGGAAAGCUCUUACAUCACAUUUAAUUGAAGAGCUCACUGGAUGGAUCCCUGUGUUGUAUAAAAUUGCAGAUGGUCUUGAUUAUGUGCACAAGAAAGGUUACCUUCAUAAUGACCUAAAAGGGGACAAUAUUGUCAUUACUAGUCAAAAUGAUGGCUUGCAUCCUAUUAUUAUUGACUUUGGAAAAUCAACAAAAACAGAAGAUGCUAAACUAUAUUCACUAACAAAAGAAMAACAACGUGAAUAUAGAAAGUACCACAAGCACAUAGCUCCUGAAGUUGUUGCAGGAAUACACUCGCAGUCGUUUGCAAGUGAUAUUUUUGCAUUUGGCAUGAUUAUUACAUCUGUGACUAAGUCUUAUGAAAGUAGUAUUGAAGUUCUCCAGGAAAUAGCUAAUGAAUGUAUACACGAUGAUCCACUACAGCGUCCUUACUURAGAACCCUACUGCACAGUCUGAACUCUUCAUAAUUGUGUCUUAUCUGACAAAUAUAUAUUUUUUUCUAUUAUAUAAUGAUAGCAAUGUUUACUACAUUGAUUAUGAUUUGAUAGCAUUCUAUAAUUUGUUUUACAGUAUAAYAAUUCACAAUGCCUUCAUUUUAAGUGAAAYAUAUGUACUGUAUAUUAUUUUGUUGCUGCUCUUCAUGCCACAUAGGCUUAACUGGUAGUGAUGAUGAUAUGUAUGCACUUGUAAAUGAUGAGAAGUUCAAACUUUGGAGAAGAACAUGAAUCUAAGAUAUUUACAUGUAAUCAUAUAUAGGGGUAAUAAUCCUUUUGAAUGCUACUUUUUAUAUCCACAUGUAUCCCAAUAGUAUACAUUUACUUCAUAAAAAAGGGAACUAUUAGUAUAAUUAAAAAUGUUACCAUUUUCACAUACACUGAAGAUAUGAUACUGGUAGUAAACACAGGAAUUUCCUGGGUCCCCUAUUCUAAAUAAAAUUGUU